AUGUCGUCAAAUGUCGACUGUUCGCCCGACAUGGCGUUGAUCAAAGCCGCAGAUCUCCCCCUACCAGAGAGCCCCUCAACCACUCCUAUCAUUGAUAAGGCCAAAGUGAAAGCUGUCGAGUCACCGGACCAACAGGUUGAGCAGAAGUCGGGCCACGUCCGACGCGUUACUGAGAUCCUCAAGCCUGUCGGCUUGUCCAGCGAGGAUACCAAAGUCCCCGACAGUGCUUCUGACUCUGCUUCUGUUGGAUCGACUCUCACGUGCUCUGACUGUAUCGACACGACUGGUAAUCACGCUGUUCCAACCAUUAAAGUCACACAGGCCACAAUUGACGAGGUUGCGGGAGGCCCCUAUGACAAGGGAGAGACUCCCCUCCAAGAGGAGUCCACUGACGAGAAGCAAGACGAGCUUCACGCGGAGUUUGACCCAUCGGCCCUUUCCGCUGACAUCAUCAAGGACAAGGCUCAGUCUACCAAGACCGUGGUCUACGGCUCUGAGAAUAUUGAGGAUGACAUGCAAACAGCUGCGGCUUGCGACUCUGGGCGUGAUCAGUCAGGUGAUGCCCAAUGGGUCGACCCUUUUGACAAGAAGAACAACAAUUCUGUGGUCGACUGCUACUUCACCGGUGGUGGUCAAAUUCAAGCCCUUAGCCCAGUCGAAGAGGGCGGCUGCGUCAGCUUGAAGCUUUGUAGGACAAGCGAUCUCUACAUCAAGGCCAAGGGAAAGACCGGACAAGUCUACAUCUUCGAGGUCGACGCCGUCGCCAUUGCCGCCGGUUCUCCAGUUCUCAGCGAGAUGGUGUUCAAGACGCACACGCGCGGCAACCAGCCCGAGUGGGUUUUCGAGCUCAACGACGACCCAGUCGCCCUCAAGUUCAUAUUCAGCAUCUUCCAUCUCAAGCUAUGCGCACCCUUGUUCACUCAGGAACCCAAGCCUGAGCAGAUCUACAGCGUCAUGCAGGUUCUCUCCAAGUACCAGGUGAAGGACGAAGUCUUCCAUGCCUGGGCCAAGACAUGGGUUGCUGGCUUCCGCAAGGGUCUGCCCACUACAACGCUCAGCCCGCUCGAGUGCCUACAUAUUGCACACAGAUUGGGUGACUUCAAAUCAUUCAAAUCGUACAUUCGAAAGGUCGCUCACGAGGUCGAGGUGGAUGCCGACGGCGUCAUGCGCCUUGGCAAUGGCCAAGUCAUUCAGGAAGCAGUGCCCAUCUGCGGCGAUCUUGCGAAUAACAUACAGGCCGUCCGCAACGCAGACCUCGUUGCCAUCCUGGCAUGCCUGCUAGAGGCUUAUCUCUUCCUGACCAACCCGGCCAACCUCGACAAGCAGCACUUUUGCAAGUCGAUGAGUCAUCACAAGGAUUGUAACCAGAAGCUUCUCGGUUCGUUGUUCAUCAACUUAGUUCAACAGGACCUCUGGCCGAUUCCCGAUCCCAAGAGCUUCCGAGGAAAGGUCGGCGACCUGAUCACAAAAGUUCGCUCUAUGGAGAUUCGAGGCCUUUAUUUCCCUGGCCUGGCACCUCAUGAGCAGCGCCACGGUCUUUGCAAGUUGGGUCAGGCCGAGAUCGUCGAUAAGAUCGCCAGAUACGAGGGCUGGCUACCUCUCUCCGGUGAGAUGAUCGUGGCAAUGUAUGUGACUGGCCGGCACAUUGGUCUGCACAAGGAUGAAAAGUCCGAGUUUGACGACUAUAAGGCUGUCUAUAAUACCGCCAUCGCUGAUUACGAAGACGAGUUCCCACAGCAGCUGUGGAGUUGGGACGAGUGUGAGGGUCCCGUCGAGGCUUCGUCCAUGUUCUUGGAGGAGGAUUCCGGUGUUGCCGAUGACAGUACCUCAACCAAAGACCAAUCCUCUCUGACCUAG